AUGUUGUCUACCAGGGUGUUGAGCCUCAUCGGCAAGCGAGCCAUUUCCACCUCCGCGUGUGUGCGAGCGCACGGAAGUGUCGUAAAGUCCGAAGACUAUGCUCUCCCAGUCUAUGUCGACCGGCGGGACUACCCUUUGCCUGAUGUGGCUCACGUCAAGACCCUUUCUGCCCAGCAGAAGGCCCUGAAGGAGAAGGAGAAGGCUGCUUGGAGCACCCUUUCCAUCGAUGAGAAAAUAGAAUUGUACCGCAUUAAGUUCAAUGAGAGCUUUGCGGAAAUGAAUCGAAGCACCAACGAGUGGAAAACAGUUGUGGGGUCUGCCCUGUUCUUCAUCGGCUUCACGGCACUCAUCCUGAUCUGGGAGAAGUACUAUGUGUACGGUCCCCUCCCACACACCUUCGAGGAGGACUGGGUGGCCAAGCAGACCAAGAGGAUGCUGGACAUGAAGGUCAGCCCCAUCCAGGGGUUCUCUGCCAAGUGGGACUACGACAAGAACGAGUGGAAGAAAUAA